AACCAAUGGUCGAGCGUCAUGUCAUAACAGUGUUUUCCCGAGAAGGAAAUUCGAAUUUAAAUAGACGCUGUGCUGUGUACACUAACAAAUAUUUGCUUGGUAUCCAGCUCAAUUUUUUCAAGUGUUGAAAUGUGGAGUGUAUAUUUUACCGCUUUCCUAGCACAGUUUUUUAUUUACAGUGUUCAUUGUAAAAAUAAAGAUUUUAGUCAUGUCACUUGUGGUUCUAUUGUAAAACUAUAUAAUCAACGACAAGGAAUUCGUCUACAUUCACAUGAUGUGAAAUAUGGAAGUGGUAGUGGACAGCAGUCAGUGACUGGUUCUUCAUCAGCAGAUGAUCACAACAGCUACUGGGUGGUUAAAGGAAAACACAAGCAACAUUGUACUAGAGGAACACCAGUUAAAUGUGGUGACGUAAUACAACUACAACAUCUUGCAACUAAGAGAAAUUUACAUAGUCAUUUAUUUCAAAGUCCUAUCUCUCACAAUCAAGAAGUGAGUGCGUUUGGAGAGGAUGGGUCAGGUGACACAGGCGACAAUUGGGAAGUGAAAUGCAGUGGCAAGUAUUGGGCAAGAGAUGAUAAAGUUCGAUUUAAACACUCUGACACAAGCAGAUACCUUCACGCAUCGUCAGAUCAAUAUGGCAGACCUAUUGCGGGACAACAUGAAAUAUGCGCUUAUCAUAAUGAAGAUGCAAGUAAUAUCUGGUUGGCUCAGGCUGGCAUAUAUGUAAGGGAGAACACAAAGAAAUAAUAGAGAAAAACAUCAGUGCUGGUAUUAUGUAUUUUCACGUCAGUUUUUAGGAUGAAUUUGGUAAUUUUCUACGCACUGACUGUUUUUGAUGAGAAAUGCCGUGGAAAGUUUUACUGAUUUUUUUUGUUUUACAUUUUUAUUAUCAAUGUUAUAACUUACUUGUGUGUUUUAUCAUUUCGUGUGUGAAAUAUGUUACUUUGUAAA